GUUGAGGAGUUCGGUCGUUGUUUUGUGCGCGCGCGUUCGCCCGGAUUUCCCAUUUCAAGAGAGAGAUUCCGAUUCUCCCAGGUCAGGUUUCGGUUCAGGUGUUCGCUGUUCUGUUCUGGACGUCGUUCAGCCGCGUGCGUGACUACGAUGGCGAUAGCGGCCUUGGUGGCUCUGACGCUGGUUGGCCUCGCGCUGGCCGUGCUUCUGUACCGGAAGUUUGCCAACGCGCUGUACUACGGGGCCAAGAUCGGGGGUCCGCGCGGGUAUCCGCUGAUUGGGAAUGCGCUGCUGUUUCUGUACAAGAGUCCUCCGGGGCAUCCUCAGCAGCCCCAAGUACAUCGAAAAGUCCGGCGAGUACGACUUUAUGCGGCCGUGGCUGGGUGAGGGUCUGCUGACGAGCAGCGGCCGGAAGUGGCACUCCCACCGGAAGAUCAUCACUCCGACGUUCCACUUCAAGAUCCUGGAGCAGUUUGUGGAGAUCUUCGACCAUCAGAGUGACGUUUUCGUUGAGCAGUUGCGGGCACAGGCGGUCAGCGGACAGGCCUUUGACGUGUUUCCGCUGGUGACGCUGUACGCGUUGGACGUGAUCUGCGAAUCUGCCAUGGGCACCAAGAUCAACGCACAGAUUCACUCCGACUCGGAGUACGUGAAGGCGGUCAAGGAGAUCACCUGCAUCAUCCACAUCCGGACGUACGACGUGAUGGCGCGGUACAACUCCCUGUUCAACCUGUCCCCGUACCGGCGCCAACAGGACAAGGUUCUGAAGGUGCUGCACGGGUACACUAACAGUGUGAUCCAGUCGCGGCGGCGUGACCUCGUCGAGAACAACCAAAAGUCCCAGCAGGACCGGGACCGGGAGGCGGAGCUGGGAAUUCGCCGGAAGGUGGCCUUCCUGGACAUGCUGCUCCAGACGACGGUCGACGGUCGUCCGUUGACGGAUGUGGAGAUCCGGGAAGAGGUGGACACUUUUAUGUUCGAGGGGCACGACACCACGACGUCGGCCAUUAGCUUUCUGAUGUACAGGUUGGCACGGCAUCCGGAGGUGCAGCGGAAGGUGUACGAGGAGAUCGUGGCGGUUAUUGGGGCCGAUCGGGACAGGCCGGUGACGUUGGCAAUGUUGAACGAACUGCACUAUCUGGAGCUGGUGGUGAAGGAAACGCUGCGGCUGUAUCCAUCGGUGCCGUUUUACGGGAGGAAGAUUUUGGAGAACUGUGAAAUCGAGGGUCGAACCUUCCCGGCCGGUGCCAACGUCAUCAUAAUGCCGUUCUUCAUGGGCCGUGAUCCGGAGUACUUUGAGGAUCCGCAGGAAUUCCGCCCGGAACGAUUCGCGGUGGAAACGUCCGCCGAGAAGACCAAUCCCUACCGGUACAUUCCGUUCAGCGCUGGGCCGAGGAACUGCAUCGGCCAGAAGUUCGCCAUGGCUGAGAUCAAGAACGUCAUCAGCAAAGUGCUGCGACAUUUUGAGCUGCUGGCGCCGGAUCACGUGCCCGAAGAGUCGUUCAUCGCGGAGAUGAUUCUGCGGCCCACGUACGGGAUUUCACUGCGGUUGAAGGAACGAACUUGAUUGCGCGACUUAAAUUUUCUUAUUUGAUAAGACAAAUGUGAUUAUAUUUAUGUUACCAGCUUA